AUGAAGAGUACGUACCCAGCUACUGGAAAUUGCAAUCCCAAAUCGAUAGCCGUCAAGCUGGGGGAAGGACAGAUCUCAACCACGACGACGACGAACCAUUUCCAUGGUGCAGGCCGUUUGCUAGUUACGUCAACGUCGAUUAAGACGAGUUGGAGAGACACAGGGAGCGUGAAGACCCGACAAACUCGCCGCUCCAAGUACGGAGAGAAGGAGGUUUCAACACAGCAUCUGAGCCUUGAGCCUGGCUAUCCAGGUACUGUCGUCCGUUACCUUACUUACACCCACGGUUAUUACAUAGCGUUGUCACAGGCCUCCCAUCAUUGUCUCUCUUCCUCGGUCCCGGUAUUCGGUAUCACCGCUUGGCGCCUUGACCACCGCCGUUUCGUUCCUCGGCAUCCGACUAUUCGUACCAACCGACCGUUCCUACCUACAACCACCGCCGAUGCUCGUUGCCUUUCACUGAAGGCGCUCGGAUUCGGAUCCGCAGCCACUAGUGUUCCACCCCUGAGCCCCGACCGAUCCGACGCUCGACGACAACCGGUCAUAGCCUUACCACCGUGCUUCCUCGGUUGCGGUGACGAACAAAAGACGGCGACGGCAUCCUUGACGUCUAGCGACAUUGGGAGUCCUCUUCCGGCGAGACCGGAAGGCGUGGUGAGAAGGGAUCUGGAUACCGAUACAGCAGAGACGUCGUGCAGCAAGGGGUGCUUGAGCCUGGGCUUCUGGGCGUUCAAACCAGCUCCACAGCUCUGCGACGAGAAUCAGGGGGAUCAACAGCCUCAGCGCGGCUGCUCCCGCAGGAGCUCAGGCUAA